AUGGAUUUCGACUGGAUUGUCGGCUGGUUUUUCACUUUCUUUAGUCUGAUGGGAAACACCUGGGUUAUUUUCCUCAUCGCAAAAAGAAGAAGAUUACAAACAACGGCUAACUGGUUCAUUCUCUCCUUAGCGGUGGCUGAUCUGGGUGUUACCUGUGGAUAUUUCCCGGCGUCCAUGAUCUGCAAUGUGCUUGUGGAUACAUGCAACGACGGUGUUCGCCUGAGGUUCGCUGAUUUCUUCAUUGAUGCUUCACACAUUUGCUUGACCACUUUGGUUGCAGAACGCUAUAUUGCCAUCGUCCAUCCCUUAAAAUACGUCCGUCUCCUGACGUCAACUAGAACAAUUUUCAUUAUUGCGACCUGUUGGGCAAUUCCGUUUUUUUCUCUCGUUUUUCGAUUCAUCAUUUAUCUUUUCGGCAGCCAGGAUUUUGCUGCAGAAACGGCUAAAUUUGGUGUCAUCUUCACCGUGCUCUUUGAAGUGUUACCAACAAUUCUUCUUUUCUCGGCACAUGUUCAUAUCCUAUUAAUAGCCCUCAAACUUUCUCGCGAGAUGAAAACUCUUUUGAAACAGGUUAAAUUUAACGUAGCGACAAAUUCAGUGAAUAUAAUGAAAGUUAGAAAUGUGGGAUUAAAAUCACCCACGGUGAGGUUGGUAACAGUACUUGUUAUAAUAUUUGUUGCUUAUUAUGGAUUAGAAAUCCAUGCGUCAAUCUGCUUUGGCUUUAAUUUUUGCGAUGUGUCCAAGCAUGAAUUAGUAGCAGCAAAUUUGCUGCUUUUGGCCAAUAGUACGUUAAAUCCUCUUGUUUAUGCGUUCCUCAAAGAAGGUAUCAAGAGAGAAUCAAAAGCUUUCUUUUGCCGCAGAAGGAGACUUCAAUUACAUCCGUUCUAAGUUCAUCGGGGGUAGUAAGCUGGGAGAAGAAUUCCUCCCAGGAAUUAAAAGGGAAUCAAAAGCUUCCCUUUACGGACUCUACCGCAAAACUUACUCAAAACUAACGUCUCCCAGGUCACAAGACGUUUGAAGACCAGCAAUGAUAGUAAGAAAAACAUGGAAUUAUACUCAACCACCGAUCUUUGACAAAUACGUGCAGCACAAGUAAGAGUAGAUUGUCAGUGGUUGAGGUAGCUUCUUUAGCAAUUAAUGGCUUAAAACAAUAUUUCCACGCUGCGUUUCAAUAAAUUUUCGCCUUAAAACUACUCCUACACUGCACACCUCAAAAAAUGUUAGGCAUUACCUAAUUCCCUCUGUCAACCUCGGCGGACAAUUUCUAAGUCUUAAGCACACAGUGCCUGAUUCGUUACACAUGAAGUCAAUUUUAUUUUGAAAGCACUACUUCAAAGUUAACGUAAGAAAGAGAUUCAUAUUUUUAAUGUAGGUGAUGAAGACCCACAGAGGGCGCGUUCAUCAAGAUGAGUGUCGCUUAGUUGUGCGUUUCUAUGCUAUUCUACUAUUCUUUAUCUUUUUGCUAAAUAAAAGUUAUUAUCAAAAAUCUUUGUGGUUUGGUCCCUGUACGAUGUCAAAGAAAUAUUUAUGCCAACAGCUGCAUACAGUUUGAUGGUUCAGUAAAAAAUGUUUUCCUCAACUGUCAUUAGCUGUCAUUUGUCGACAGCAAAUAAAAAGCUUAAUUUUUUGCUGGUGCAUAUUCAUGUUAGCCUUUGAGAGCAAAUGUUUUUAUAAUUUCUGCGUUCAAAAUUACUCGCAGAAAGUUCACCAAGUGCUCAGCGUGAUCAGUGAAUUAAGAAUGCACGUUAUUUAGUCUGGGAUCUUAGGCUACUGAAUCCGUUUACGGCAGCGUGGAGCUCUGCUAGUACAAAUCGCUUUCACAAAUUAUUUUUUUUCUUUUCUUGACAGAAUGAUACUUUUUCUCUCUUCUUUAAGCCUGUUUUUUCUUCUUUUUUUUCCUUCUUCCGCUUUUGAUUUUUCCAGGAGCGACGAUUUUUCCACAAGCAAAGAGCUUCCACAUUUAUAAGAUGUUCUUCGCAUUGUUAUCAAUAAUAUUUCUUUUCGUAGCGCAUCUUCAUAUUCUAUUAAUUGCUUGCAAACUCUCUCGCGAGAUGAAAUCACUUUUCAAACAGGUCAGAUUUAACGUAGGAGCAAAUUCAGUGAGAAUAAUGGAAGUUACAAACGUUGGAUUAAAAACGUCCACAGUGGGGUUGGUAACUAAACUUGUUAUCAUAUUCAUUUCAUGUUACGGAUUAGGAAUCCACAACAUAAUCUGCAUCUACUUUAAUCUUUGUAUUCCGUCUAAACAUGAAAUACUGGCAUUUCGUUUGUUAAAUUUGGCCAAUUCUACGCUAAAUCCUCUUGUGUACGCAUUCCUUAAAGAUGAUAUCAAGAGAGAUUCAAAAGCUUUGCUCUGCCGCAGGAGGAAACUAAAACUACGUCCCUUCCAAGUUCAUCCACAGUAACCACCAGCGUGAAGAAUUCCAGCUAACAAUGAAGACCACAAAAUGGGUAAUGCACGAAACACGGCUAAUGAAGUUUGUCAAAGUGGUUUAAUUCUAACCCCAAUUGUAGCACCUGCACUUUAGUUCAGAGAAAAUAAGAGCUGGCCAGGGAGGUGAGAUUUCUAUAUGACUUACAACGGCAUUCAAGUUUUUUUUGCCGUUUCGCAUCACCGUAAUCUGAUCCAUUAUCCCACUGCACGUGCAGAUUCUGCAGUGCCAGGAAAGGUAGAUCGUUACUCAAGUUACUGAUUUUCCUCAACAAAAUUUGGCGGACAAUUCUGUUUGUCUUAAGCACGCUCUCUGCCUACUUCAUGACACAUGAAGUCAAUUUUAUUUUGGAAAAGCUCUAGAGUUUCAAAGCUAUUGCAGUAACGAGAUUGAGGUUUCCACUGAACCUAGCCAGCAGGUUAGGCCGCAUUCAUCAAGCUAAUUGUGUAGUUGCUCGCCGCGUUUCUGACUGUACGUAACUGUUUAACUUUUUCCUGAAUAAAAAUAAAAAUCACUAUUAAACAUUUUUGGGUUUUGGUUUCUGCACGAUGUGAAAGCAACUCCUCUCUGCCAACAGCUAAACACAUUUGAUGUGUCAGUGAAACAUUUUUCGUAAGCUGACAUAAAUUGACCAUUCAGCGUUUGGGACUCUUAAGUGAAGGGAACACUUCUCGAUAGAAAAUGAAAGCUCAUUUUUCCCACUUCUGAUAUCAGCUCGCGAGAGCAAAUGCCUUUUAAGCUUUUGGGCCUAAAAUAACAAGCUAAAAGUUGACUAAGUGCUCAAAGUGAUGGAUGAAUUAAGAGUGGGCAUUCCUUAGUCUCAGAUCUUACGCUACUGCAUCCGUUUAUGUUUAACACCAAAUAUAACAAUACAAGAAGCUGUCUUCCUCUGCAAUCUUGUAAUCAAAAAAACUUUUUCUAGCCAUAUAUGUCUAUUAAAUGUAGAGAAUGUUUUAAUUAGGCAAAGAGAAGGUUGUCUAAUUUCACUUACUCUCUAGCUACGUAACUGACAUUUCUACUGUUGUCACUCAGCAGAGUGGUAAAUCAUUUAGUUUUCAACACAGGUUACGAAUUAAGUUUAAUCAACUACACUUUGCUUCGCCCCAUAUUUCUUGUCACCAAAGCAAUUUUUUUAUUUUCACAGUACAGCACGAUAUUAUGCAAACCUUUACCUAAGGCAAUCGUCCUCAGGCAAUCCAUUAACUGAAGAAAGUAGCAGGUGGAUUCUUGUUCCAAUGUAUCGAUCUAAUUUUGAACAACAAAGUGUUGGUAAAAUGACUCCAAACAAAUACUUUAUGAGAAAUUUAAUGCAUGAAAUGCAAGGCUACUCUAAUAACUAAUUCCACGCUAUGUUCUGUCUGAAAUUUGCGUUUCUGCGCGCUUACUGAAGACGUAAAAGGGGAUUCAAAAGCCUCCCUUUACCGACUAUGCCGUAAAACCCAUUCAAAGCUAACGUUUCCCUGGUCACAAGACGUUUGAAGACCAGCAAUGAUGGUUAGGAAAAAAAGGAAUAAUACUUAACCAAUGAUCUGAGGCCUUGAAAUGUAAAGUUAUAUAUUAAUAGUUUAAUUUAUACAGUUUUUUGAGUGGAAUUAAAGUAGUAAUGCACAAUUCUUUUAGGUGAGGUAGGAAGUCUUCCAUUUCAGUCCAUUCAUUGCAGGUGUGUCGAUUAUGAUAAUAAAAUAAGUCUUACUGAUUGGCUAGGGGUUGGAAAAUUGCAAAUGGAUCAAAAAUUAUAGCGAAUUUUAAUUGCACAGUAAACGAUAUUUGAAAUUUGUUUAUUCUUGAUGGAGGCAAGACACACUACGUGGAACUACCACGUCAAGUGCACAUGAAAGAGGAAAUAUAUCCACCAUGCAACACCCAGUGAGGACAGAGUUAUUUCCCACUAUUUCUUACAUGGCUUUUCAUAACUAUGUUUUUACUACGUCCUACUUUUUUGAAGAAAACGCUUUUUACAUUUAGGCUUAUUCAAGAUCAGCCUUCGAGCAGGCUUUCAAGUUACGUCACGACCAGCUCGUGUCUCGUAGUUUUGCAGCCACUUCUGCCGCAGCCCUCGUAGUGAAGCGCCUAUCGAGGAGUGUUCGCAAGCUUGAGAGUAAUGAAGCAAAAACCUUAGCCGGUGCAGUGAUCCAUCUCACAAUUGUAACUCAUUCAUUGGGUAUAGCAAAGGUUAUUCUGCAUUGUCGUGAAUUAAGUAUAUGUAAUUACCCCAUAGGUGGUAGGUUGCAGGUGUGUCGAUUAUGAUAAUAAAAUAAGUCUUACUGAUUGGUUAGGGGUUGGAAAAUUGCAAAUGGAUAAAAAAUUAUAGCGAAUUUUAAUUGCACAAUUGAUGGAGGCAAGACACACUACGCAGAUCUACCACGUCAAGUACACAUAAAAAAAGAAAACAUAUCCACCAUGCAACACCCAGUGAGGACAGAGUUAUUUCCCCCCUAUUUCUUAUAUGGCUCUUCAUAACCAUGUUUUCACUACGUCUUAGAUUUUAUCCAUGAGUAGCAAAAGAGCAGGCUUUGAAGCUACGUCACGACCAGCUCGCGUCUCGUGGCUUCGCCGCUUCUGCCGCAGCCCUCCUAAUGAAGCGCCUAACGAGGAAUGUUCGCAGGCUUGAGAGCAAUGAUGCAAAGAUCCCAGCCGGUGCAAUGAUCCAUCUCACAAGUGUAACUCAUUCAUUUGGAAUAACAAAGGUUAUUCUGCAUUGUCGUGAAUUAAGUAUAUGUAAUUACCCUAUAGGUGGUUGACUCAAGUCUCACGAGCGAACAAUAUCAUAUAUUUUCCAAAAAGGUUGAGCGGCUGUCACCCUUCUGGUUUGCGCUUUGUUGCAACUUCUAAGCCUAAAUUAGCUUAAUAGAAGAUGUGUGGCGUUACAUCAAUGAUGCUGCCAUUGCGCGAAGAAAGUGUAUCUAGCGAGGCUGAGAAAAAAUAUGUGAGAAGGUAUCACUGACAUAAGUCACUAUGUUUGGUGAUGAUCAAUAGGUUAUUGGCUGUCGAAAUCAAACGUUACUCUUGAUCGCUCUGCUGAUAAAUAUAUUUGAAUAUGAGGCAAUGGUAUGGAACGGGUAUGCUCUAUUAGUUUGCAAGCUCGUAAUUGUCCAUGCUGACAAAAAGGUCCAUAAAUGCCAAAAUUGUGCAAAAAUAAAAUAAAACUUAGUAAAAAUGGGUGACGUUACCUAUCAUCGUUAGUAGGAACGUUAUCAGGAGUUAUUAGCUAAUGAAGAAAGACUUCUUUUGAUUGAAAUUUGUUGUCCGAUUACCAUUAACUGAUAUCUUUAAGCUCUUUAGGCAGCGGCAGCUGGAGUUGUAUCAAAGAGGUCUCCUCGCAUCUGAAAACUCGUUCUACUGACUGAUAUCUGCUUUCUCCAACGUUCCAAGUCGACAACAAAUUUACGUUAUCAGAGAAGAUUCAGUGAGACAACCAGUAAAGAAUGGAUUUUAUCCUGGUAGUUAUUCUGUUUUUCAUCUUCUUAAGUUUGGUGGGAAACAGCUGGGUUAUUUUCAUCAUCGCAAGAAGGAGAAGAUUACAGACAACAUCCAACUGGUUCAUUCUUUCCUUGGCGGCGGCUGAUCUGGGUGUUACUUGUGUAUUUGCGCCCUACAUGAUCUGCGACGUGAUUUUGGAUACGUGCAGGGAAAGAGUUGUUGGGGUUUUCGCCUUUUUCUUCGUGAACGUCUCCGCCAUCGGGUUAAUCGCCAUGGUUGCAGAACGCUAUGUUGCAAUCGUGCAUUCGCUGAAAUACGUCCGCGUCUUCACGACCACCAGAAGAACAUUUAUUAUUAUUGGUACCUGUUGGGGAUUUCCAUUUCUAUUCACCGUUUUGAGACGCGCCAUGUAUCUUGCCGAUGGCAGACAUUCGGUUGUUAAAACCCGUAUAGUCGAAGUUAUUUACAUUUUUCUUUUUGUAGUGGUACCGACAGUGCUUCUCUUGACAGCACAUUUUCAUAUCCUACUAAUUGCUCGCAAACUUUCUCUGCAAAUGAGAACUCUCAUGAAACAAGUUAGAUUUAACAUGACCGCAAACUCUUUGAAAACAAAGGAAAUUAGAAACGUGGGACUAAAAGCAUCCACAGUGAGGUUGAUUACUGUACUUGUUGCUAUUUUUACCACUUGUUAUGGAAUAGGUUUUUACGUCCUGCUCUGCGACACCUUCAAAAUUUGUUCUGUGUCUGAACUUAUACGAGUGAUGAAUAAGUUGCUUCUAUUGGCCAAUUCUACGUUGAAUCCUCUUAUGUACGCGUUCCUCAAAGAAGAUAUCAAGAGAGAAACAAAAGCUUUUCUUCGCCGCAAGAGGCACGUAAAAAUACGUCCCUUCCAGGUUCAUCCAGAGUGA